AUGAAGAUGUAUGUGGCAGGUGGUUUUGAUGACCGUCAGCCACGAACCGGGCGAGAGAGGGCUCUGCGUUUGGUGGUGUCUUGGCCUUGGGUUUUACUACAACUCUUUGCCAUCGUUGUAGAUUCUGCUGCUCUCAUUGAGCCCGUGCUGAAGAAUGGCCUUGACGAACUUUGGUUAACAGCCGAGCCAACUGUCUUCCAUGCUCUGAAGAUGGUUUUCCUGUCCCUGGUGUACCUUGCAGACGUUGCGCUGCGGCUCUAUGGAUUUGGGCCCAAGGUUUUCUUUGGCAAAUGGUGGAACCUGUUUGACACCGCCAUUGUGAUCCUCACCGCUGCGAACGCGAUCUCAGCGGUCACCGAGUCAGCUGGCGGAGUGGGGCCAUUUCGAUUCUUGCGCUUACUGCGGGCCUUCAGGGUGUUGCGAAUUGUUCGCAUCGCACUCUUCAUGAGCCACACGGUUCCACGCUGUUGGAAUCGAAUGCGCCGUAUCACGGGUGAAAACAAGCGUCGCUUCGUCUCUUUGGAGCAGGACUUUGACCUGGACCUGGUGUAUAUCACGCCCAGGCUCAUUAGCAUGAGCGUGCCAGCAGGUGGUUGCCUGAUGCGAUUCUAUCGCAAUCCUUUGGGAGAAGUGGUCCGCUUCUUCGAGACUUUCCAUGCUGGGAACUAUCUCAUUGUAAACGCCUGUCCCGAGAUUCCCUACAAAGAGGCUGCCUUUCGGACCGGAAGGGUGGAGAGGUUCAAUGUGAAGGACCAUCAGCCUCCGCCAUUGUCUGAGAUCGUGCGCUUCCUGGAUGUCGUUCAGGAGUGGAUGGACAGGUGCAGGACCAACAUUGCGGCAGUCCAUUGCCGUGGAGGGAAGGGCCGCACGGGCUCUUUUUGUUGCGCCUGGCUCCUUUAUACCAAGGAAGCCGACGAUGCCCAAGAUGCUUUGAACUUCUUCGCGCUGCGCAGAACGGACAUGGCACAGAGAAAGAUGUCGAAGGUGCAAGGGGUGGAAACUCCAUCGCAGGUGCGCUACGUUGGUUAUGUUGAAAGGUUGUUGCGGGAGCAAGCUGCGUUCAGCCCCACCAAGGUCUUUGAGCCAGCAGCACCAGAGGUGCGAUUGCGAUCCUUCAGGAUACGGGCUCCCUUCAUCCGGGAGUCCAUGGCGGAAAAAUGUCAAGGUCAGCAGCUGGUUCUGGCCGUCCAGGAUCAUGGUGGUGAGAGUCGUCACACAGCUCCCUUCCGACUGGACCAGCUCCAUGAAGAUAAGGUGUGGACUUUCGAUCAGAAAGCUGUUCGUGGUGACAUUUGCAUGUCUGUGUACCUAUGUCCCACAGAGUCCGCAGAGGCAAAUGAUGGGAUGUCAGGCGGGAAGCGUGGGAAGCAGAAACAGAAGCAUCUCUUUGGCUGCACUGUUCACAGCCUCUUCCUGGAGGGCCAGCAGCUCAUCAUCCCAGUGGCAGAAGUGGAUCAGGCCUGUAAGGAGCCUGCGAAGUAUGACUCGCAUGGCUCCCUGGUCUUGGAGUAUGAAACCUUCUGA